AUGCCCCCCGCGACCCUUGCCGCCGGGGUGGGCAGUGCUUCCGCCACUGCUUCUCCCCCCGCACGCGCCUCCCCCUCCGCCACCCCCUUUUCCGCCAUCCCCGCUUCCGCCCGUUUCUCCACCGCCACUCGCAACCCUUCCGCUGCCUCCACGCCCGCUGACGCAUCCUCCUCCGCCGCCGCUGCCCCCGCCGCUUCCCCCGCGCCCCCCGCUUCCGCCGCGUCCGUCGGCGCUUCCGCCGCUCCCCGCGCCCCCCCCCGCCCUCGUGCCCAUCUCGACGUGGCCGUGUACAGUGACGCGGACCGCGACGCGCUCCACGUGCGCUCCGCUGACGUUGCGUUCCGCGUGGGACCCGCCGCGGCGCGAGAGAACUACCUGCGGGGCGACGCGAUUUUGGAUAUCGCGGAGAGAUGCGGGGCGCAGGUGAGUUGGGGGGAAGGGAGAGAAAGGGGCGCGCAGGUGAGUUGGGGGAGGGGGGGAGCGAGCGAGGGUGAGUUGUUGUGGCGCGCAAGUGAGUUGGGGGGCGCCCCCCCUCCCCGUCUUUCUCUCCCCCCUCUGCUCCUCCUCCUCUCCUCUCCCCUUUUCCCUAUCACCUACCCCCCUCUCCCACUUCUUGAGGCCAUUCACCCCCGCUACGGCUUCCUCUCAGAGAAAGCCGCCGUUGCCACAGCCAUGCCUGCCCCCCUUCCCCUCCGCACCCACCCCUUCUGUUCCCCCGACACAACCCCCCUUCCAUUCAUGUGCACUCCAUCAGAAGCAAUCCACCCCGGCUACGGAUUUCUCUCAGAGAACGCUGACUUCGCUGCAGCGUGUAAACAGAGAGGAGUGGAGUUCAUUGGGCCGCCCCCAAGUGCUAUCCGGGCCAUGGGGGACAAGAGGUACGGCCCUUCCUUUUACCCACUCCCUCCCGUCUCUCCCCUCUCCCUUUUCCCACUCCCUCCCGUCUCUCCCCUCUCCCUUUUCCCACUCCCUCCCGUCUCUCCCCUCUCCCUUUUCCCACUCCCUCCUGUCCCUCCCCUCUCCCUUUUCCCACUCCAUCCUGUCCCUCCCUUCUCCCUUUUCCCACUCCCUCCUGUCCCUCCCCUCGCAGGUAUUCGCGGACAAGCACGGCAGCGUGGUGCAUCUGUUCGAGAGGGACUGCAGCGGUAUGGGUGCCUCGUAUUCGCGGACAAGCACGGCAAUGUGGUGCAUCUAUAUGAGAGGGACUGUAGUGUGCAGCGGCGGCAUCAGAAGAUCAUUGAAGAGGCUCCCGCUCCAGGCAUAUCUGAGGAGUUCAGACAGAAGAUCUGUUCUGCUGCUGUUGACGCUGCCAAGGUAGAGCAUCCAGUAACAGAGAUGGUAACAGGACAAGACCUUGUCGAGUGGCAGGUGCGCGUGGCGCAAGGGGAGCCCCUCCCGCUCGCCCAGGGGGACCUCAGGCUCUCAAAGGACGCCUUUGAGGCGCGUGUGUACGCUGAGACCGUGGAGCACCCGGUAACAGAGAUGGUAACAGGGCAAGACCUAGUGGAGUGGCAGGUGCGCGUGGCACGGGGGGAGCCCCUCCCGCUCGCCCAGGGGGACCUCACCCUCACCGCUCCUUUCAUCCACCCCUCAUCUUACUCCCCUUACCACAGAGAUGGUAACAGGGCAAGACCUAGUGGAGUGGCAGGUGCGCGUGGCACGGGGGGAGCCCCUCCCGCUCGCCCAGGGGGGCCUAAGCUCACCGGGCAUGCCUUUGAGGCGCGUGUGUACGCUGAGAACGUUCCCAGAGGCUUCCUGCCGGCAGCUGGCCCGCUGCUGCACCUGCGCACGCCAGAGCCCUCUGCUUGCGUCCGGGUCGAAACGGGAGUCCAGGAGGGCGAUGACGUCAGCACGUUCUACGACCCAAUGAUAGCCAAGCUGGUGGUGUCAGCGGCCAAUCGCAGCGCGGCGCUGCAGCUGCUGCGGCAAUCCCUAGGGCGGUACGAGGUGGCGGGCGUGCCGACCAAUCUCGCGCUGCUCCAGGCUGUCGCGUGCCACGCGGGAUUCGAGCGCGCUGACGUGGACACGCACUUCAUUCAGCGCCACCAAGACCAGCUGAUGACGUCACCGGUGACGUCAUCGGCAGCAGGGGUGGGAGGAGAAGGAGGGGGGGGGAUUGGAGGGGAGGGUGAAGGGGUUAGUGAGGUGCUUCUAGGUGGGGCAGAGGGAGCAGCAGUGGCGGCAAUGGUGUGUCAAUGUGUGGUGGAGAGAUGGAGGGAACAGGGGGUUGCAUCCCCCCCUUCCCCCCCUUCCCCCCCUUCCCCCUGGUCCUCCGCCUCUGGGUUCCGCCCCAACUACUUCUACUCCCGCCCCUUCGCGCUCUCCCCAUGCCUGGGGGGAAGGGGGGGCGCGGAUGGGGAGGGGGAUGAGGGGGAAGAGGGGGAGGAGGCGGAGGAUGGGGAAGGGGGGGCGGAAAACGGGGCGGGGGGGGCGGGCAGGCAGGGGGAGGUGGAGGGGUGGGUGAGGUACGAGGGGGAUGGGAGCUUCACGGUUGGGCUGGCGGAUGGGAGACACGUGGCAGCCUCUGGUUGGGUGGUGGAUGGGGAGGGGCGGCGGGUGGAGGUGGAGGUGGGGGGGGAGAGAAGCCGCGUGUCGUUCUUCCAAGAGAGCACGCCGGACAGCAUUCGCACCCACGUGUGGGUGAGCGGACACCACCACCAGUUCGCCUCACUCUGCCCCUCCGUCGCCCCCUUCCCCCUGGACGACCACGAUGACUAUGAUGACGCGCAUGGGCAUGCGCAUGCUGCCCACACCCAUGGCCAUGGCCAUGGGCAUGCACAUGGGAGGGGCGUGGUGGUAACGCCGAUGGCGGGGAGGGUGGUGCGGGUGGCGUGUGGGGAGGGCGCGUCUGUGCGCAAGGGGGAUGUGGUGGUGAUUCUCGAGUCCAUGAAGAUGGAGGUGAGUGGUGAGGCAUGUGUGUUGAUGCUUGUUCACCUGUGGCGUGUUGCACUUCCCCCACCCAACCCCCCCGUUUCGUAUUCUCACAAUGUCAUAUCAUCCCUCAUCUCCACUCCACGAAUCUCCCACCCCUUUACUUCACCCCCCUCCUCUUUCCACUCCUCUCCCAACCCACCUGCCACCCCUGCUCUCCGCGCGAGCAGCAUUCACAAGCCGCUUCUGCCUCUCCAUAGCCCUACUGCUCGCACAGUAAGCAGCCUUCCCAUAGCUGUGAUGCCAGUAGACAGUGGCUGGUUGGGUACUAAGGGGGAAGGGAGGGGCAGUGGGGCAGCAGGUGGCGGAUGGCAUGCCUCUCUUCCGCGUGCUGCCGCCAGAGCAAGCAGCAUCAGCCUAGCCGUGCUACUGCCAGUAGUGGGCACUGGGCACUGCCUGGAGGAGGAGUGGGUGGAGGAGGGAAGGGGCAGUGGGGCAGCAGGUGGCAGAUGGGAUGCCUCUCUUCCGCGUGCUCCCCCCACAGCAAGCAGCAUCAACCUAGCCUUGCUGCUGCCAGGGGUAGGCACGGCCUGGAGGAGGGGCAGGUGGAGGAGGGAAGGGGCGAUGGGGCAGCACAGGUGGCUGACGGUGUGCGUCACUUCCGCAUGUUGCCACCACAGGAGAAGGGUUCCCCACCCUAGCCGUGCUGCCCCUACAGUGCGGCUAGUGGAGCUGGCGGGGUUAGGGGUGGGGGGGCGUGCGUCAGCAGGUGGCACCACUUGUUGUCGCCACAGCAAGCAGCCUCGGCCUAGCCGUGCUGCCCCUACAGUGUGGCCAAUGGAGUGGGUGGGGUGGGGUUGGGGAGCAGUGGGGCAGCGGGUGGUAGACGGCAUGCCUCUCUUCCGGGUUUCCUCAUUCUUGCCUUUCUGCCUCUACGCUGGCUAG